CUAAUGAGUCUUGAACUAUUCCAUGCAAUUUCAAGCAAAGUGUUAGCACAGAUUUGUUAUAACCAAGAUAUUUCCUCCAAUCUUAUCGUAGUCCCGUCGACAUGUGGGACUCACUCGAUUUGGUAAACAUGAUUGACGUCCCAAAGGGUUCAUGUAUGGAGAAUUAUAAAAAUAAAUAAAUAGGUGAUAAAGGUAAAGUCCAAUCGCUCAAAGCUGCUUUUUCAUUUUUGGUAUUGGACCUUGACCUUUGGCACGCCUUGUCUGCAUUGAUUCAGCUCAGCUCCUUUAGAGGCCAUUCCAUUGGUUCUACACCACCAAUCAAACUCUGCCUCAUCAAGGCAUCAAGGACAUAGUAAAUCAUGAGGGGGUGUCUCAGUCGUUUUGAAAUGAAAAAGCACGCCUCAUUCACACCAUCUUUCAGGUCUUACCCUCGUACCUUCAUAGGGCACCAAAAAUUGUUGGUCAAGGGGUCAGUGCACUCAAAUAGGGUGGGGAAUCACCAUGGACACCACGCACACAACCCCCACCACAACCACCCCCCACCCCCCACAAAAAAAAAAUCGAUGAUGUGAUCAAUUCAUAACUUUAAAAAGCAACCAACAGGGAGCUUUUUCAGUCUUUCACUUCUCAGCCAUUGGAAACCGAAAGAGAAGCCUCCUUAACCUGCUCAUUCCCUCUACUAAUUUCUUCCCCUGAUCAAAUGCUGCUUCUGAUCACAUGCCAUCCAGUUUUUUGAGUAGGCAAACACAAGACAUGAAAUCAAUGAAGGGAAGAUUCCUGAAGAAAUUGAGGCUCAUUCCAUCUAUACACACACUCAAACCUGGUCUGGUUUCUCACCUGGGCUCCACAGACAAGUUCUCCAAUCAGAAAGUACAAAUUCCACCAGUUUACAUACAAGAAGAUCACAAGAUAAACAAUCUCCCACAAGCUAUAACGUGCAACAUUGGUGUAUCGGAAAAUUUCACAGAACUAAAAGAUGAAGAAACUGAAUCAGAACUCCAUUUUUGCGACAAGGAGAAAAUUACACCCUUUACAGUGUUCGAUGACAAAGUGCACGCCAUAGAUAAUUUGGAGUCCCCAGUCUCCUCAGAGAUCACCAUGGAGUAUGAUACUGCUAAUGAAGCUGAGAUGGGUGCUGAAGAAUAUCCAUCUCUUUCACAUUUUGAAGAGAAAUGUCCUCCUGAAGGAAGCGAGUCUGUAAUUCUGUACACAACAAGUUUAAGAAGUAUAAGAAAGACAUUUGAGGACUGCCACACAGUUCUGUUUUUGCUGGAAAGUUUCAAAGUUGAGUUCUGCGAGAGGGAUGUUUCGAUGCACUUGGAAUAUAGGGAAGAACUAUGGAAGAUAUUAGGUGGGAGAGUGAUCCCUCCAAGGCUUUUCAUCAAGGGAAGAUACAUAGGGGGAGCUGAUGACGUGGUUAGCUUGCACGAGCUAGGGAAGCUAAAGAAGCUCUUGGAAGGGAUACCAAAAGUCCUGUCUAAUAGCCCUUGUGCUGGCUGUGGCAACAAAAGGUUUGUAGUUUGCUUCAAUUGCAAUGGAAGUCGCAAGGUCCUCAAUGAUGGGGAGAAUGAUCAAGUGCAUAUUAUUAGAUGCCCUGAGUGCAACGAAAAUGGAUUGAUUAAAUGCACCAUUUGCUGCUGAUGAGAAUAAGUUUUGGCAGGCUAUUAUUGUUUCCUUCUGCUCUUUCUUGAUUUUGUAAUGUAUUAAUUCUCUCUUCUUUCCUAAUAUAUUCUCUGAAUUUUGAUGUCAGGUUAUCAUCUUUUAACUUGUAGAUUAUUCAA